AUGGAUUCCCAGCGCAAUCCCUACUCCGGCUCCGAGUUCAAUUGUACAAACAGAGGAGUCCUGUCCCGGCACUCUGCUUUUUCCAGCAAACAAGAACGAGUCUUUGCCAUCGCCGUCGCCAUCAUCAAUGCCGGCCGCCGCCGCGACAGCACCGCUGGUGAGCCGCUGAGCCACCGCAACCACCAACUGGCCGACCCUACGCGCACUCAUACCACCAGUCAAUCACCAACCUCCCGUGCCGUUUCGCCUAACCAUCAACCCAUGGCGCCGCCCAGUCCCACGACGCCAUCACCGCCGAGGUUCCCGCCGCUGUCGGCGUUCGACGCGUCGGCGCGGGAGCGGCGCACGGCGGCGUCGGACCUGGACGGGACCCUGCUCGCCUCGUCCUCGGCGUUCCCCUACUACUUCCUCGUCGCCCUCGAGGCGGGAAGCUACCUGCGCGCCCUGGCGCUCCUGCUCCUCGCCCCGCUCAUCCUGCUCCUCUACACCGCCGUCUCCGAGCCCGCCGCCAUCGCGCUGCUCGUCUUCGCCACCUUCGCCGGGCUCCGCGUGGACGACGUGGAGGCCGUGGCCAGGGGCGUGCUCCCGCGGCACUACGCCGCCGGGGUGCGCGCCGACGCGUGGGAGGUGUUUCGCGGGUGCGGCGCCGGGAGGCGGGUCGUGGUCACCGCGUCGCCGGCGGUCAUGGUUGGCCCGUUCGUGAAGGAGUUUUUGCGUGCCGAGGUGGCUGGCACGGAGCUCAGGACGUUCGCCGGCGGAAGGCGGUUCACGGGGGUGAUCGAGAGCGUGCUCGUUGGGGCGCGGAAGAGGGAGGUCGUGGAGAGGAUGUUCGCCGGCGGCGACAUGCCCGACGUCGGGCUCGGCGAUCGCGAGAGCGACCACGACUUCAUGGCCAUCUGCAAGGAAGCUUACAUGGUGCCCACCAACAAGCGUGCGCCAUGCGCUGCCGCCGACGCGCUGCUCUCCCGUGUCGUCUUCCACGACGGCCGCCUCGUCCGUCGGCCGGACCCGAAGCACGCGCUCUUCUCGCUGGCCUACCUCCCCGUCGGCUUCGCCCUCGCCUUGCUCCGCGUCUGUAUCAGCCUGCACGUCCCAUGGCACCUCGUCCGCCACGCCUACCGGUUUACAGGCAUCCGCCUCACCAUCCGCGGCACGCCACCGCCGCCACCUAGCCGUGGAAUGCCGGGAUCCCUCCUCGUCUGCAACCACCGCACCGCCGUCGACCCCAUCUUCGUGUCCAUCGCGAUGGGGCGGCAGGUGACGUGCCUGACCUACAAUGUGAGUCGGAUGUCGACGGCCAUCUCGCCGGUCCCGACGGUGGUGCUGAUGGGGGACCGAGAGGUCGACAGGGCACGCAUCGUGGCGCUGCUGGAGUCGGGUCGCGACGUGGUGGUGUGCCCGGAGGGGACGACGUGCCGGGAGCAAUGCCUGCUGCGGUUCUCGGCGCUGUUCGCGGAGCUGACGGACCGGAUCGUGCCGGUGGCCGUGGAGGCGGCACAGAGCACGUACUACGGGUCGACGGCGAGCGGGUGGAAGGCCACGGACCCGUGGUUCUUCUACAUGAACCCGCGGCCCGGGUACCGGGUGACGUUCCUGCCGGCGCUGCGGCCCGAGGAGACGUGCGGCGGCGGUGGGAGGAGCGCCGUCGACGUGGCCAGCCACGUGCAGGCGGUGAUCGCCAAGGAACUCAGGUACGAGUGCACUGGGUUUACCAGGAAGGACAAGUACAUGAAGCUCGCCGGCAACAACGGCAGCGUCACCGAUGAGUGUGAGCAGAAUGGCCGCAAGAAGCUUGCCUGAAUUGUGGAACUGUAUAUAUGGACCA